AUGCAAUCGCUUUUUCUUGAUUGGCAGUUGUUUCUGCUUCUGUCUUAUGUGCACAAACCUCAAUUUAUCUGUAGGCAAUCCAAUAUUGAAUUCUCCAUUCUGUAUAAAGAGGUACGAAUCAAAGUGCGUGUCAGAGUCGCGGAUCCUUUAAUCAUAUCAAUCAAUCAAUUUUUAGUAACUCAGUCUAUUUAUGUUUAUUUCAGUCAUCUAUCUAUCUAUCUAUCUAUCUAUCUAUCUAUCUAUCUAUCUAUCUAUCUAUCUAUCUAUCUAUCUCAUUAUAUUUACUUCUUUCUCUCUCUCUCUUUCAGUGUAGCAGCUCUACGUUUACUUCUAUCUAAUUAUCUAUGUUCAUUUCUUUUCUCUGUCUCUCUCUCUCUGUCUCUCUCUCUCUCUCUCUCUCUAUCUAUCUAUCUAUUUUGUUUCUUCCUUUCUUUCUUUCUUUCUUUCUUUUUUAUCUAUCUAUCUAUCUAUCUAUCUAUCACAACACAAAAAAGUAGGGAAGUUGAUAUUAUGCUAGUCUUUGAAGUUUGA